AAACAUCCUAAACACAAACAACCCUUGUGUCUCCAUCUGCUGACCCGUCCAUGGCACUGAAUGAGAAGAAUCUCGGCACGAGAGGUGUCGACACCCACCUUGGGCUCGCGAACCCGACCGCGCACGGCAAGCGCGCGGACGCGCUCGCGGCCGACUAUGCGAAACACCCGUCAACGAAACAGAAGCACGCGGGCGCGGGCACGGGCCACCAGUCCGCAAGCUCGCGCCAGGCGCGCCACGCGAUGAGGGAGGCCGCGGGCGUCAUCGAGGGGCGGCCCGGGAUCAUCGAGUCGACGAAUAUCGACCCGCUGUGCAAGAGCACCAGAGUUUGAUGGCCCCGAGCCUGGUUCUAGAUCGUGUGUGUUGUAUGUAGGUUGCUUCAGGCGGAAAAUCUCAGUGGGCUGAGCUUGUUUGUGUUAGUGUCGAAAUUGGAAUCGAAAUGUACGAGUAAUGUAGUUGUAUCUCUUAUCUAGCCUAUGAACAUCUGUUCUCCUCUCC